AUGGCAGAUAACAACUCCUUGGUUGGUGGUGAUUUAUCGCGGCGGCAGAUCAAUGACCGGGUCAUUAUUGUGCAGAUCCUGGUGAUGAUUUUUCUUUGCAUCAACUUUUUGCUCAUCGUGACCUUCUUUAAAAAGGAGUGCUUCUACACAUCUGCUCGCUACAUCUUAUUUGCUGUUACAUUACUGUCUGAUAGCUUGCUAUUGUUCAUGUCUGAUUUCCUGCUCAUCAUGACCUCUUUUCAGUUUACCCUGCAAGUUUGGUUGUGUGUCGUUAUCUCUGUUGUGGUACUUCUGUAUCUUACAGUCACACCAGUUACUCUGACAGCAAUGACCCUGGAGCGCUACGUGGCCAUUUGCAUGCCGCUGCGCCAUGCGGAGCUGUGCUCCACACGCAGCAGUCUGCACUGUGUCCUCAUCAUUCAUGGCCUCAGCUCUGUGCCCUGCAUUGUUGUUCUUUCUUCCUUCUUUGUAUCAGCAUCUCUUAGUUUCUACAAACAAUAUCAGCUAUGUUCAGUGGAGAUUUUUAUAUUUUACAUUUGGCAGCAUCAUCUUAGAUCAGCUUUGUAUCAGUUCCAGUUUUUGAUUAUGUGCAUAAUCAUUGUGUUCUGCUAUUUUAAAAUAAUGAAAGUGGCCAAAGCUGCAUCAGGAGAGGAUGAAAAGUCAACAAGGAAAGGGCUCAGAACAGUGGUUCUUCAUGGUUUCCAGCUGCUGCUCUGUCUCAUCCAGCUGUGGUGCCCAUUCAUAGAAGGUGCUGUACUCCAGACGGAUUUCAUAUUGUUCAUUCAGGUCAGGUACUUUAACUACAUAAUGUUUUAUCUUGCUCCAAGAUGUCUGAGUCCUCUCAUUUAUGGCCUCAGAGAUGAAACAUUUUUUCAAGCCCUGAAAAACAAUGUCUUUUUUGGCUUGUUUAAAAGAAAUAUUUGA